CGCGGAGCCGCUAGCGUUUCCCGGCCCGGCCGCCCGAAGCCGGCGAAGCCAUGGGCGCCGGGACCCCGCCGCCGCCGCCGCCGCCGUCGCCGCCGUCUGGCCCCAGGAAGAGAAGUUAAACUUCUAGAGAAACCUAACAGACAAUAUCCACAACAGGUGGUAACAGAAAACAAUCCAGAUGGGGUGCAGGUGCUGUAAAAUAAUACAAAGCUAUCUCUUUGAUCCAGUUCAAGUGCCCUCUCCUGGCUACAUCAAUGAAGUCAACAGCUGCAAGCUAGAUGAAGACGACACUGAUAAAUUAAAAGGCAAAUGGAGCAGUGAAGUCUUGGUGCAGAAAAAUGACCCUCAGAGGCAGGGCUCAAAGAAGACUGAGAGCAGCAGCAGGACAGCUGAUCCAUGGGAACCCCGCUGUCCUCACCAAGGGCCGCUCCCACAGGGAGACGCUGGAGGGGAACGCCACGCCUGCGGGGUCAAUGGCAUUGGCCCUGCUGCCACUCCACAGCCCACUGGGAAUUCCAACCCUGCCCAGGAUGACAGGGGCUCCUGGGCCAGUACUGCAAAUACUGUUCCCCCAACUCAACCCUUCCUGGAAGGAGGGGGCACCAGGAGACAGGACUGUGUGCUGCUGGCCUCAGAAGGGACCCAAGUCAUGAGAAAUGGAGAUUCCAGAGCUUCUUCUGAGGCAGAAAGUUUUGCCUUGGAAGUACAAGACCAUGUCUUCCAGAUACCAGCCCCAGAUUACCUUCAGCAUUGGGGCCCAGCUGGAGACAACAUUGAUCAUAAUGAAAAGGACUGUGUCUUCAAGAACCAUACUGAGGAUGAAUCCCUAGAGGGAAUUCAGCCCACAGUGGGGGAGCAUGGUUUGAAUACGCCCUUCUCUGUGAGGAGAAGCUGGGAUUCAUUGAAUGAGGAUGUGGAAACGGAAGUUCUAAGCAUCUGCUUUAAUGAGAAGGGUCCUGCUCAUGCCAUGCCUGUGGCUGACUCAGGAAACAGGCAGGAGGAUACCCAUGGCUCCGAUGGAGAUGGGGAUGGGGAGAUUGUGGACGAGGAUGCAGCGGUGGCGGAGGCCCUUGCGGCUUUAGAAGCUGCUACUGCAGGAGAAGAUUUGGAUGAGACUGAUUAGGGGAGGGGAUUUGCACAGGGAGGUAAGCUGGUGUCAUGCUGGGCUUGCAGACGCAUUUGCUCCCUGGAUGCAGAGCAGGUGAUUCUGCCAGCAUGCACCAGUGCAGCCUUACCAGUUGUUUACAUCCAGCAUCUGUUCUGAUUGUCAGCAUCUGUCCCAUGCUGCUUGUCACAUAUCUGGAGUUUCACUCCGUGUAGAUGAGCUGUCAUUCAGGACACUAGGAGAAAAAUCUGAGUGGAUCAUUGUGCCCAUAUCCACAGAAAAUGCAGAAGUUGAACUGCUUGCGUGACAACCCUCAAACAUCUUUGAGCACCUGAUACAGAUGUUUAUGAGAAUACUCUAAGAUCUCAACCCUUGAUCCCAAAGGCACAAAAUCACAGAGCAUUCCUUUUGACUGUAAACUGUUUACCUUGCUUUUGAGAGCCAAACAUUGUACCCAACCUGGAAAAAGUAACUACCCCAAUUAAAGUGCCUCAUGUGUCCCCAGAGCAUGGCUUAACUUCAGGGACAAUCACCCAGGGAACUAAUAACUAACCAGUUGUUCAACAGCGGGUUAAGCUCAGCAGUUUUCACAGUAGAGCAGAAGUCCCCAGGAAACAAAGGGUUAGUCAUUAGCUGAGAUGUGAUUUUAAAACACCUUGACCUUAACUUUUUUACAUUAUUACUUUUAAAUCUCCUUUGGGAUUGGGGAGGCUGGCCAAAAUAAGUCUUAAAACUGCUUGUGUCAUAUUUGGAUUUUAAGUUGAUGACUUUCAGAACAGCAAAGCCAUAUAUGCAAUGUUUUUAUGCCAUUAAAUGUCUGAUUCCAAUUAAAAUAUAACAA